UUCUACGUGACUGUACCGAAAGAACCAAGAAGAUGAAUCCCUGCAGUCACGAAAGCUUUAAAUCGAAAAAUAAGAUGUCCCCCUUGCCCGCAAGUGAAAGGCUUUUGGCUCUGCACUGUAUGCGCUCACUAUUGUGCUUCUGAUUUAAAUGAAGGGGUUUUAUUCUCCGCAUUCUCCCCCUGUUGAAUUGUUUAGGAACAUUGCAUCCCGUCUCUCAAUGCAUACACGCAGCACAGAGCGUGCACGCGUGCAUGCAUAUUGCACACUGAUGCAGAACGUUCUGGCUUUGGAAUUCACGAAAGACCGGGCCAGCGUUUACGCCAGGAAUUUAUGUUUCUCUGCGUUGACAUUUGGCAUCGCUGUUUUACAAUAGAUGGGGAUGAAUUCACAUAGACGCCACACCGCAUUGGGGUGUUGGAGGAGGGAGUGGCGGUGGAAUGGUCAGCGCACUGCGCUACGAUCCACCUCCCCUCCUCUUCACCAACCCACACUGACUAGUGUGGUGAAGUAUAACCACCCCCCCCCCCCCCCCCAUGACUGACCACGUAUUCACUCUAAAUUAUUCGGCAUAAUAUUCCAAUCGCAUUCUCAUGAUAUUGGUUAUUAGUGAUUUUUAAUAUUAUAUAUGAUUUAAAUAGAAUGAUUACUUUUAGCCUAUAUUCAACAGAAUAUUGUGCCAGUCAUGAGGGUUGUUUGACUAUACUUCACCAUGCUGGCCAUUGAGGGAUGGUGAGUGGGGGGAAGAGUGCCCACAACCUUUUUGAUAUCAAUCGCCGUUGAUGUUAGCCUUGGCCAUAUAUCGAACUCAGAUUGCCGGUGUUAUAGUGCAGUCUGCCAAUCACUCUGCCACCACUCCCCAAAUUCAUUAUCAUGGUAGACGUUCACAUUUACACAUGUGACAAUGACAAGGUUAAAACAAAUAGUGUUCAGUGGUGUCUAGCACGUUUUUUUGUCCCUUUGGCAAGUGCAUUACUGCAGGCUUAUGUUUUGUUUUCGUGCCGAUUAAAAUGCAUUAUGUGCAUGAGGAAAAAAGAGAAGUCAUCAGUUUUACACUCGUGGCAGUCAUUAGAUUAUAUGGCCCAGACUAUGGGCCAUGACUGCAGUCUGGUAACGAUUACCGUGCAGAAUUUGUAAUGGUCAGUUUGGCUUGACGUCUAGGCCCAGGUAUUAGUAUUCAUUGGCAGACCACACUGUACACACUUGUAUUGCAAUCGCCACUGCUUUUACCUACACGCGGAGAGGUCUCUGUUGGGGUAUGUUCCUUACACUUAAAUGUCUGUACAAAAUAUGCCGUGACGUGUUAUUGCACCAAUAAUAUAAACUUAAUGGCAAUUUAUCUGCCCAAGCAUAUUAAGCAUUCAUGAAGCUUCCUACAUUUAUAGCUUCUACAGUCGUGUGGCGAUUGGUACCUGGUCACUAGGCAAAGGGUAUAUAAUUUCACAAAUACAUUUUUGUGCAGUAUAAUAAAUAAAUAAAAAUUGCAAUUAUAUAAUUUGGUGAACAAAGCAAUAUCACACAUUUAUGAUUUAUUGAGGUGGUUUUUAAACAUUGUAUGUUUUAUAUAUGUAUAAAUUGUAAUUUUAUUUAUCAUGCAUUUUUAUUUUUCAUUUUGCUUUGCUUGAAUAAAUGUUACCGCACUCGGCCUUCCAUAUUCAGAAUGUAGCCUGUGAACACCCCUUUUUAUUUUGAAUCGAUAUGCCUCCGUAUUAUUUAUCACAAUGUCAGCAGGGCUGUGCAGGUUUCCUUGGCCGGAUGUUACGUGCGGUUUAAAUUUAACACUUUCUUUUUUGGCGUUGUGUGCAUUAUAUCAUUUUCCUUUUCGCCUCCCAUAUUUCGGUCCUGUCCCCCCCCCCAACACUUGUUAGCGGCUUGAGGACGCGGCUCAGCUAGCCUCUCUUGAAAUACCCCCUCCACGUCGCUCCUCCUCCUCCUCCUCCCAGCUUGGCUUUCUUCCUAUAGACCAUCACUUGCAUAGACGCGGAAGCACAUCAAUCCUCGAGGCACCAGCGCAGCAUUUUCGCCCCAUCCGCCGGGCUGUUAGCCGCGCCCUGUCGCGGGGAGCUAAGCACUGCUACUCGCAGGUUAUCGCGCUGUCGUUGGCUAGCAUGCAGCGCCUCGCCGCUCAGCGAUCAUCCAGCGAGCCACCACCCUUCGCGCACGACCGGCACGGUGCGCAAAGCAGGCAGAAUCCCUUGGGCCAUCCUCCCGACUGCGGCUGUUACGCCUACGCCGCUCAUGGCCAGCCGGACGAGCCCUUCCCUCGCCCGACCCCGGCGCGGUGCGGAGUCGCUCCGGGGCAUCGUUACCAACCUCCGUCCAUAUACGCCCACCCGCCGUCGGACAGGUUGUCUGGAAGCCCUCCAAGUGCUCCGCCGCGGCAGCAGUUUCCCGGCACCGCCGGCUCGUCCGACGGCGGUGCCGCUCAGCUUCUGCCGCCGUCGUUGCAGAGCUUUCAGUACCCGCUCGUAUACCACGUCCUUCCUCCGGCGCAAAAGCUCGUCAUGCAGCCUGUCCCGGGUGUCCACGGCAUGGCCUACGGAGUUCCCCCUGCCUCCCCCUUCCUCCUGGUCAGCACGCAGCAAGCCAUGCAUGUGUGCCACGUCCCUUACUGCCCGUCUCCACAAGCCGGCGCCUGCUAUUGCCAUCCCACGAGCGCCACCCUCGACUCGCUGAAUUUGGCCACCGGACAAUGCUCAGUCGCCCCGCCCAUCAAGUCGAUCCCCCACUCGGCCCCCGCUGCCCCGUGCUCCGAGCGGCAUGGACCCCCCAUUGUGGUGCAGCCGGCGGUCGAGGCGAGAUACCAACCCUCUCGGGUGGAGCACUGGGAGGCUGCCGGGAGAGCAGCGCACCAGCCACCCCAGCCCGAGCCGCCGGGCAAUGCCGCGUCGUCGGCUGCCCCGGCCAGCAGCGGAGCACUCGACGGCGCCACGACCAAGGACGGUUUGCUAGCGGUAGGUGGCGCGGACGGUUCGCAAGCGGUAGGUGGCGCACAGCUUUCGACUCCCUUCACAUCUCCCCUGUACCUGCUGAGCUGCGACGGCUCUGUGGGCAGCUUCUCGGUGUUCACCUUCCCUAGCCCCACGGACGACUCCGACGAUGAGACGGAAGACGUGUACUCGGAGGUGGAGGAGUUUGAGCUGGUCGAGAGGCCACAAGUGGUGGUGACCGAUCACGGGCUGACCACCUCCCCCCACCUGCCGGUUGGCGGCUCAGACCCCAAAACUUGCGACGUUGGGGACAGGACACAGGAGGGCGACUACAGGAGGUGUCCCAUGCCCGAGUACCCCGCAGAGCCCUCCUACGUCCCGAUGCAUGGUUACCAGCUUCAACCGAACCCGCUUGUGCAGUCGUACCCUCCGUACUUCCCCUGCGCCACCUUCAAUGACCCCUGGUCUGCUUCCAAAAGAUUGCACCGGUGCUCCACGCUGGACAAUUUCUCCCAGGCUUACCAGGCUCAGGUCGGCAUGCCUGGGCCAUCUUACGUGCAGCAGACAAUGCUGCUCGGUCAUCCCAACGGUUUUCCUCACCUCCACCCACCUGUUGCUGCUCCUGACAACUUUUACGGUUUUCCCACUUUUUUCCUUCCGGUGUCCAAGUCUCCAGGUCUUUUGCAGACAUGCUGUCUGCCCCAGCCAUAUUCGCAACCUUUCCCAUCAGAUCAGCCUCCCCUGCAGCAAGCACCUUGUCAGCAUGGUCAACAGUAUGGAAAUUGUUACUACAUGGCUCACCCUCAACAGCAGGUGCCAGUGCAGUCUCUGCAGCAGCAGCAACAGCCGCAACAGCCGCCGCCUUGUCAGCAGGGCACAUUUAAUGGACUCCAGCAAGCGGCGCAGUCAGCGGUGCAGGCAGCGGCCUACAUGCAGCAGCAAGAUGUGCAGUCUGAUCACACGUCACAGAUCUACAUGUGCACCCAGCCACAAGAGGCGAGCGCUGCCCAGCUGAGCACCAGCGAUGCCCCCAUGACCCCCGCUCGACUCGCGCCGUUGAGCGGCGUCGCCACCGCCGCUGGGCAGGACACUCCGGUGCAGUGCGCCGUGGGACUCGCCGACCCGGCUGUUCGGCCGCACUGCCCCUCAUUGCACCCUCCGCUGCCGCCGCUGCCGCCGCCUCUGCCUCCGGCCACCGACGCCGGCCAUCUUCAUCGGUUGCCGUCGGCUCCUCGAACUGCGCAGACGACGCAAGCGCCACUCGCGGAUCAACUGAUGGUCUCCAUUGACACGCAGACGCAGACCGUGAUUUCACCCUCGCUGCCAACGGCUCACGAAGUCGGCCCUGAGAUUCAGUCAAAAGUGACUGCUGGCAUCGAUACUGCAUCCGCCGUUGACACGGGAGGUGUGGUGCCUCCUGAGACGAUGCAGUUUCGUGACGCAACUCUGGACGUCCCCGUGCAGAGCGCGACGGACGUGGCGCCCUUAUACCCCAUGCCGAGCGGUCAGGAGCACGACGCCACACGGGGACUUCCGGCCCAGCCUCCACGACAGGUACAAGAAGAGGUGUCCAGCUCUGGUGUCGAUAACCCAAGUGAAAUGAAUGAAGCACAGAUCGCCCAAGGAUUAACUAUGAACGAGAGCAUGGCCUCCGACGCCACGUCCGCUAAAGAGCUGAGCGAGAACGAGACGACUGGCGGAAGCAGCAGAGUGGACGGCAGACACGCGAGGAGAAUUCGCAGGUCCAAUCGCAAGUCCCGGCAGGAAAAGUCUGUCAAGCCACGCGUCACCAUUCUCAAUGUUGCAGAAGAGGGAGAUAAGGUCGUUGAAUGCCAAAUGGAAACGCACAACCACAAGACGGUCACCUUUCAAUUUGAGCCAGAUUAUGAUGACCCAGAGGAGAUUGCGGAUUACAUGGUGGUGAACAACUUCAUACUGGAUUCGGAAAAGGAGAUUUUCACGGAGCAAAUUAAAGAUAUUGUGGAGAAGGUUGACGAGAUGAACAUCUGGCCGGUGAACGACGGAGACUGCACGGAGAGUCUUGAUGGCACCAAUGCCGAUGGGGAAAAAGAGCCCACCAAACACCAAUGCAAGCAUUCGUCAAUGAAGACUCCGGGUUCACUUACCUGUGGAGAAGCCACAAGACGCUCCACAGUGGUUCGCACGGGAGGCCGCAAGUUCAUCGUGAGCCCAGUUCUUGAGAGUCAGCUGGAAGACAUCGGCAUUGAAGCAGACUCGACAACAGAUGUAUUUCCCACAGAGCCCUGGGUACCUGAAGCUACAAAUGAAAACAGUGAGUCAUCGCUGACUCAUUCACUCGUCAGUAUACCAGGGGGUGGAAACGAUGUCAGAGCGGGGCUGUCCAACUCGGACUCGGUCGUCAGCUUGAAACGGAUGUUCGACGAGAUGAGGAAGGGCUGCCAGCUGUCCGAGAGCCCCAGCACGGCACCGCCGACUUUCCAAGCCGGCCCCCCGCCCUUCCUCCUCCUCUCCAGUCCCUCCGUAGAAAAUGACGCAGCACAGCACGAGCUUUUCAUAAGCGUUCCCAGCGCCGUCUGCCGAGAGUCGAUCGCGGAUGGCGUGGCAGAAAUGCCGUCGCCCGAAGUAUGUGCCGCUCGGGCAGAGGGGGGCGGCGGCGGUGGCGGCGGUGGCGGCGUGGCGUCGGUUCCGUGCGGCGCUCCAGACCCGUCCCUCCCUGUAGCUCCUCCGCCGGCAGAGCAGCAGCACGCACGGCAGCACUCGAGCGCCCACGUGCAGGUUCCCAUGUCCCUGGCCAUUACUGUUUUGGAAGCCCCUGUCGCUGCACUGAAUGCGACGCCCCCCUUGGCCGUGAGCUCCUCUGGCUUGGAGCCAUCCCCGUCGUUUGAGCACCAGCCGUGCGCGUUGAUGUUGGCCGUAACCCCGGGUAACGCCACGUUGCCGUGCGCACCCGUUCAGCCGCCCCAGUCCGGGCUGCCGGUAGCGGCCGACUCCCCCAUGGUCUCCCCAGGGAGCAUCUCGUACUCGGCUGUCGCGGGCGACGCGCAGACGCACGUCGCUCAAGCGAACUCCCAGACCGUGGAGUCGCAGCAAAUCAAUAGCGAGGUGUACACAUCCACAUCUGAGCCGGACACCCCCAAGGUGCCCACCCAGGCCGGUAAUAUUAAGGACUUGGAUGAGAAGCUGAGGACCCUGUUUCAGGACUCGUGCAGCUCUAGCUCGUCUGUGUCGUCUGCGACGUACGGCGAUGGCCAGAAAGAUGUAGCGGCCAGCGUCUCGGAAACUUGCGGCGCUGAGCAAGGCGGCGCAGAGUCGCCGAGCAAAACCACGGGCCUCCCCCUCCCCGCCGCCGCCACUUCUGCUGCUGCCACUAAUGCCGCCGCCGUUACGCCAGCCGGCACGCCAGCCUGCCAGCAGGACGCGACCCCGUUCCCGCAUGCCGCACUCGGAAGUGUUGCCUUCCCUCCCGCCCUAGCUUCGGCAGAGGAGUCUCUUCUGCCUGCAUUUCCCGACCAAGCUUGCAACCGGCCCCCAACCCCACCGACCUCGUCCCUUCCCAGUGGUGACCCUGCUGGAUUGCCUUUCCUUCCUGCCUGCCGUUCCCGAGCUCAUUCCCUUUCUCCGUACGAACCUGCUGUUGGUGGGGAAUCUGGAGGUAUUGGUCUGGAUGAAUUUUCACAACGAUACAGUAUUUCAGAUAAUGAAAUGGCGGCGGUACGCGGGCGAGAUUCCCAAGCGAGUGCGGGCGUGCAGUUGCGCCCGUCUGAAGCUCGCUUCGACGAGCGCCUCCAACCCGUCGUCAAGCUUGGGCGGUUUCAGGUGAUUCCAGUGGCAGUGGAAACCCCGCAGGAAGUGCAAACCGGCACCAAGGCGACUGCGGACCCUGGAUCGGCGACAGUCGUUCCUUCCGUUGAAGAAAUGGAAAUGGGGCAAGCGCUGCGUAGACACAGCGUGGAUGAGCACACCGCCGCUGACGGGAGCGGGAAGCUCGCUGCCGUUGGCGCGCAGAUGGACGCGACCGCUGCCAGGGCCCCCGAUUCCCACUCGGCAAACUCGGACCAACGAGAAAAUCGUCGCGCAGGCUUAGAGAAUUCGGCGCCUUCUCCCGUGCCCUCGAACUCGUCGGCGUGCCACGCCGAGGAGCAGGAUGACGGCAUCGCCGCGGUGCGAGCGGCGACGGCGCCCUCGAAAAAGGGGGUGGUUUCAUUCCAGCCGAUGGUCUCCGUCAUUCCAGAGCAGAGUGCACCCGGAGGCAAGGAUGACAAUGAUGAAAUGUACGCAAGCCUCGAGCCUCGCUCUGCAAGGAUGGCGGAGCACCCCUACCAUGAAGCCAGGGACUCGUCCGACGAACAGCGGUCGCCCUAUUUAAGCAGCGACUUGGACUCGGAUCCCGAUGAGGGAGACCUAAAGAAGGAGCUGCAGAAACUUCGGGAGAGGCACCUGAAGGAGCUGUCGGAGCUCCAGACGCAGCAGAGGAGGGAAAUGGAGAAGCUUUACGAGCACCUCGGGCGACUCCCGCCCACCCCCGCGGGACUGCCACAGCUGGUGCCACCUUCCGGCCGGCGGUGGCGCAACGGCAAGGGCGCGCGGACGGUCAGGGCUGGAAAAUUUCCACCAGGAGGAGGAGUAGGCAGAGGCGAGCAGGCGCAAGCCACCGUGCCGUCGCCUGCCAGUGGCACGAUGGGGCCCUCCUCGGCGUGCGGCACGGCGGGCACUUUGCUGGUGGACGCCGUCACCAGCCCGCUGGCGGCGGCGCGGCCGGAGCUGGGCACGUGCCUCGCGGGCGUGCAAACCAAGCAGCCGAAGGCGCUGAGGCCCGCAGCGGCCGCUGCCGCCCCCGAGCAGGAGUGCGUCCAGAACGCCGUACUCGGUGACGCAUCGUUUUCGGGUCACGGUGGCAGCAGCCAAGGUUGGACACUGUUCCGCAAACCCUCCGAGAAAGUCGCCAAUAAAUCUAGUAGCAAACCUCGUGCCAGAUUCAUCAGUGGAUCCAUGUCCUGGUCUAUCUGGAACUCCCUAAGACGGUUUUGUCUAGGGAAAGAUCGCAGUAGAUCAAGGAGCUUCAGCGCCAACCAGCACGGCGGGCAAGCACAGGCUGCAGCUGCGGCGGCGGCGGCAGCAGCAGCAGCAUCCCCGGGCAACAAGAAGGGCACCUUCACCGAUGACCUGCACAAGCUCGUUGACGACUGGGCUAAGGACGCCACCAGCAGCACCAACAGCAGCAUCAAGACAAAGCUCGCGCAGAGCCGGCAGGAUACGGCGGGCGGGCGGCCAAAGCCUUGCCAGUCAGAGACUUCCCCCGUCGUGGUGAUGCCUCCGGUCAUGCGCAAACUCUCGGCGCCGGCACAGCUGGGCCUGCAGGUUGGGGUGGUGGCGUCCGCUUCUCCGCACUCCCCUCCCUUGGCCACCGCGGCCUGUGGCCUCGGCGGCGGCAGCUGCCCCGGGUCGCGGCCGCCCGCGACCCCCUACUCGUCGCCUACGCCCAUGGCCCCACUUCUCUGCGUGCAGUACGGUGCGCCGCAGGGCACCUACGGCGGAGCGGUGGGCGUGGGCUGGGCCUCGUGUGCGCUGCCGGGCGGCCAGCAAGCGUCGGCUGCGCCCUCGCAGGCGGUGGCGCAGUAUCAGCCGAUGGGGAACGGAGGGGUUCAGUCGUUCCCCGUGUACGUGGCUGCCCCAAGUUCAAGCCCAAACAUGCGAACAACAUGAACGAGCAAGAGAGAGGAGAGUCCCCCGCGGCUAUUCCCCCCGGGUUGAAGUUGAUUUAUUACGUCAAGUUGUUUUUUUUUAUUAUUAUUAUUACAUUAUCACGAGUAGCGGGACCGGUGUAUAUAUUUGCGCUGCAAUUUGUAACGUUCCUAAUGCGCGCUUGUGGAAGCGUUGUUGUGCGAGUGCACCUUAGUUUCCCUGUGCAAGAAAAUGGCUGAACAAAAAAAAAGAGCAAUAUGUUAGACGAACUAACGGUGGAGAGUUGCGCCCGAUCGUUGGUGGGGUUUUUGUUGUUGUUGUCCUAACCGCACGUGUGCAAAUCAAAACACUUUCACAUUGUUAGAGGAUGCAUGAGACAGCAUUGUAAACGUAUUUUUUUUUUCCUUUGAAGGGCCCCUUGUAACUGUUUAUUUUUCGUGAUUAUCCUUUUAAUUUCUCAAAAUAAAAGCAACAUGUUUUCAGCGUUUGCGAGCAUCCAGAUGCAUAAUUGCGAUGAAAUGUAAAUUACGUGUAAAAAAAACAAAAACAAAGGACAAAUGUUGAAAUGCUUCCUAGGUCAACCCAAAACCCCGUAAUUUUGGAAUAGAGUGCCUUGUGUUUUGCUCUGAAGCCAUUGGGAACGAUAGGUGGCAGGUGUAAAUGGUAGGUAAAAAGCCAAGACCUCAGACUGUGAAAAUGCUCAAUGUUACCGUUCGCUCGUAAAAAAAAAUAAACAUGAAAGAACAAAGAGGUAAAAACAAAGCCUAUUGUGUGGCCAAUCACUUUGGAACAAUCGUACAACCUUGAUUUUGGGCAUUAUUUUGGCACUAUGAAGAUUGCGCUCAGACUAAAUAAAUAAAAAAAGGUCCUUGCAAUGUGGUGGUGCCUUGCGGAUGCAUGACUGAAAGCUGUACAUUGCAUUUGUGUAAGAAGAAGAACAAAGUGUGUACGUGCGGAAAAAUUGUUCGUCCCCCAUUGGGAAAAAAUGCGCACGCGUUUUGGUGGUGGCGUUGUUCGUUGUAAGACAAACAGAUUUGAGUGUAGGGGCAAGGCAUUAUUUUUACUGCAACCUCGCUGAAAGACGAGCGAUAAAUUAUGGAAAAGAUGAUCACAUAUGAUUCCCAUUUUGAUGACAGCAACUUGAAUUUUUAGAAUUUUUCAGCCCCGCGUACGAAUUGGCGAACGUUAUCCGAUGUUGAAAUUGUAAGUGAUUGGGUCGGGGGGGGGGGGGUUCCCUCCUCCCACCCUGUCGGUUGACUACAAUGCCUACUCGUGUGUGUGUGUGUUGUGAUUUGUUUUUUAGCCACAGUGUCAUAUGGGCUUAAAGUAAAGUUGCACUGUGUUAAAAUGAAAUGUGUGAAAAAAAAUACCACCGAAAACUAAAAUAAGAUACUUGAAAAAAAUAAUACACUUGUUUACCCCCGCUCACAAAAUGAAACCGAUGUAGCUACCUUUUAAAUAAGUACUCGUAGGAGGCUUUGCUGUAGUGUACGUCACAACUUUAUAUCAGUGUUAUGAAGAAACUGUGAAUAGUGGUUCUCUUCCCUUGAAACAUUUGCACAUUUUCUUUCCCCUUGCAGGAAAUGGUAUAACCAUUGACCUACAAUCCUGCAAAUGGAUUGUGUUUUACUCUUUAACGUUUCUUUAGACCUACUAUUUAUAUAUAUAUGCUUACAUUACAACCUUAUUUUUUCCCACUAGCUGAAAUUUCAUCUUUAACGUAGAGCAGAGCUGAAACUGAUAUGACCACUUGUUAAUGCUGAGACCACUUAAUGCUCAACCUUUAGUGUCAUCACUGUUCUUUUGGUCCUAUGGAACUCAUCUCUGAAACUUUGCACUUCCCAAAAAUGUUUGCAUUCUUAAACCCCCUUAGAAUUACUGUCCAAAUUUGUAUCUCCUGAAUAACAAUAAGUUUUCAAAGUUAUUAUUCUAUCAUGUGUCUGUAAACACAUAUGCAAUUCCUCCACAAAAGCCUAAGAAUAUUGAUGGAAGCUGCGUUUUGCAAAUAAUUAUCAUAAUUCAGUCCGUGAACGCCACUGUAUGCAAUAUUUAACUUUAAAUAUUUGCUAAAAGGGGGUGGGUGCUGUGGAUAUGGUUAAUGCACUGCGCUACAAGCCCCAGUCACCAGAGUUUGAUUCCCGGGCAUGGCUAACAGUGGCGAAUGGUAAAAUAGCCAGUUCUUGGACCAGGUUCCCCAGAAUGGUCAAAACAACUCCCAUGACCGACACGGCAUGGGAAUGAUCUUCAUCCAGCCGUGUAUUUGAGAUGGGGUUGUAAAUGAUUAAUAUAUGCUGAAAACACUCUUUUACAACAAAAAAAAUCACCUAUUCAACUCAAGUGUUUAAAAAUUGACAUGAAAUAUUGGCUUGUGCAUCAUAGAGUUAUUAGGACUACAAGAACACUGGUAGGGUCACGCGAGAAUGCAUUUGCUUUCACCGUGGUGGAUGUGCAAUGAUGGGUUAACGGAGAUGUGUUUUAACUGUACGUUCCCCUGUAGAGAUGUAAACCACUUGUUUGUAUGUAUGUUGAACUGCUUUUGCAUCGGACGUAGCCACUUGUGCUCAUUGGAGGUGCGGGGGAAGGAUGACAAGCUAAACUGCGUCGAACGUUGAGUAGAAGGCAUGGGGCUUGUAUGUAUAUGUUUAACAACAUGCCUAUAAUAGCUUAUUGUGUAAUCUUGGCCAGAACAAGCAAGUCAAGUCAGUCUUCUAGAUUUGGAGUAGUUAAUUUAUGUACGUAUGAAAGACGAAAAAUCCUGGCCUUUGUGCCAUUGUAAAGGGACCCGCAAUCUAACUUAAAGGCAUAAGCUUGCACUAGCAAUGUGUGAAAUUGUCAAGUUUACGUCCUUUGGCUUCUGCAUGCCUGUAUAAGCUGUGGCCAUUUUAUUAGACAAUUUUCUACACCAUCCAAGCUGUAUUUACCAGCAAUACCUGUACGUCACACCCUGUAUGCAAGUGGUGUUUUCCCCAAUUUUUGUGUAAAACGGAAUUCUGUCUUAGAGCACCUAAAUGCACAUUUUGCAAAUCAAAGUUUUUGUGUUCCAUUUAAGGCAUAUAUUCUAAUAUGCUUGUGUAGCUAAAUUUUGACUCAAAACUUUCGUGACUGCAGAGAAUUCAUAUUCUUUGGUUCUUUCGGUAAAGUCACGUGUCUACGUGACUUUACCGAAAGAACCAAAGAAUAUUUGUGUAGCUACUAAAGUGCUUUUAUUGUUUACAUAUUUCUCUGUUACCAACAUUGCUCGUACCUUUAAUACAACGUUUGUUGCUUUCUCACCACUCUCGGUUGAACAAUGACAAAGUUUGAAAUUCUGUACUUUAGCUUUGUCCUGAUGUGGAAUACCCCCCCCCCCACCCCCCCCCCCCCCAUUUGAACCUUUGUGGUUUUCAGAAAUUGUCAUUCGAUAACAAUUGUCGAAAUAAAUGACCGAGUUGCACCUGU